CUUCCUAAAUGUAAAGACUGUGUUAGAUGAGAGGCAUGCACAAUGCCCUUUUCAGUGCCUUUGAGAGGUGACAGGUGUAGCCAGGCUAUCUUCGACUCUGCAAUCCAACCUCCUUAUCAAUCAGCUCUGGCUCUAAAACUCAUCUGCUAAUUGGCAGCACUGACAACAGGAUUGGUCAGCGAGCUGAACCCAAACCAAUGGCCGACAUAUGAGAUCAACAGGAAGGUAACAGACCUGGGCUGCGGAAGGAGUAUGCAAGAGGGGCCAGAGAACCAGGUGUCCAUGACAGUCUGAACCUGUGCCGACUGAAUGGAGGCCCCUAAGACCAGGACAUAUGUCCAGCCAAGACACAGGGAGGACAGGUUACUGGCCACAGAAAAGAACCUCAUGCCCUCAAGUGCAGAGAGUGAUGUGGAGGGCCAGAGUGAUGGUGAUCGGCCAGGAAAACAGCAGCAGCGGACACAGUCCCUCACCCAGCCCAGCCCAGAGAAGUCCUCACGGACCACUCCAUCGCCACCUACAGAAGGGAAGGUGAGGCGCAGCCUGCUCAACCUGCCCAUGAUCAACCCUGAGAGACUGCGCAUGGCCCGCGUGCUGGUGGACAAGGCCGUCAAAAUGCGGAGGACCUUUUCCAUACAGGGCCCGUACCCUGUGGUCCGCGCUGCUCUGAGGGCAAGGGGGUGGGUGGAACGUCGUCUUCCACGAGCCAAUCAGCAGGCAAUGCGUCGCCGCGAAGAGGAUGAAGAUGACACAAAUGAUGGGGAUGACAGCGGUGACGACGACGAUGAUGAUGACAGUCCAGAGGAAACUGACAAGGAUGAUCUUGAUGAUUUGCAUAAUCUGAUGUCACGACUGGUUAGGAAUGAGUUAUCAUUCUUCUACUGGACGACACGGAGGGACACCAUUGACACGCGCUCAUUACGGAAGGAACAGAUGAUCAAUCACUUUGCCAAGGCUGGAACCUUCACCACCAAGGUGGGUCUGUGUGUGAACCUAAGGAACCUGCAGUGGUUUGAUGCAGCAGACCCAGAUAGCUUUUUUCCACGCUGUUACAGACUGGGUGCCGAGGAUGAGAAACAUGCUUUUGUAGAGGACUUUAGGAGAACAGCUUGCACAAGUCUGCUUCAGUUCAUAGUGGAGAGAAGUCGAGGGGAGUGGGGCACAGGAGAAGGAGUUGCAUCUGCUUGUACACCUGACCCAGCACGUCCAAUAUCUAAGAAACCCUUUAAAAGGCCUGCUGUGUCACCGGUGAGCCCUAGAAUAAUCGAAAGCGCUUUGCAAGUGUGCAAGGACUUCCUUGACAGCCUGGAACACAAUGACAUAGACAUAUCCAUGGAGACGCCACCCACGUUGACAGACCAGCAGUGGUCAGAGUUCAUUCACAACUACUACCUGGUUGUCCAUGAUGGUGCCGAUGUCGAAGGUAGCGCAUAUUAUUUGAGCGGUUGCCAAGCUAUACUGCAGAGGCUACGUGAGGUCUGUCCACAGAUGGACACCGAUGGCGUCCACAACAUCUGGAUUGUCAAACCUGGAGCGAAGUCCCGCGGCAGAGGCAUUAUGUGCUCAAAACGCCUGGAUGAGAUCCUGAAGCUGGUGGAUAGCGACCCAACACUGAUAAAGGACAGUAAGUGGGUGGUGCAGAAGUACUUAGAGCGCCCCCUGCUGAUUCACGGCACCAAGUUUGACCUGCGUCAGUGGUUCCUGGUCACCGAAUGGAAUCCUCUCACCAUUUGGUUUUAUAAGAAGUGCUACCUUCGCUUUUCCACCCAGCCUUACUCAGUGGAGACCAUGGAAAACUCUGUGCAUUUGUGCAACAAUUCCAUCCAGAAGCAUUUUCAGCCAUCCCUGCAGCGCCACCCCGAGGUUCCGGAAGACAACAUGUGGUCAUGUGACCAGUUCCGCUCCUACCUGUCCAGGCAGGGGUUGGGGGCCAAGUGGGGCGGUGUGGUGGUCCCGGGGAUGAAGUCGGCCGUGGUGCACGCUCUGCAGACGGCCCAGGACCUGGUGGAGUCGCGGCGGGGCAGCUUUGAGCUGUAUGGAGCUGACUUCAUGCUCGGUCGGGACCUGAGGCCGUGGCUGCUAGAGAUCAAUGCCAGCCCCACCAUGGCGCCGUCCACGGCUGUCACCACCCGACUGUGCACGGCGGUCCAGGAGGAUACGCUACGCGUGGUCCUGGACCGGAGGUUUGACCGCAAUGCCUACACCGGAGGCUUUGAGCUCAUUUACAAGCAGGCAGCAGUGGAUGUACCUCAGUAUGUGGGCAUCAAUCUGCUCAUUGAAGGCUCUCAGAUCAGGAAACCACGUCCUCCUGCCCCAAAGCCCUCUGAGCCUCGUUUCAUCCCACCGCCACCCCCAGUGCUGCGUCGCUCACCACGGAAAGACACUGAGGACAAAACUGAGAAAUCCACCGAGAAACUACCACCUGCAAGCAACAAGAAAUGUUUCAAGUCAGUGGUGACUGAGUUGACAUUCAGAAAAGCCACAGUGCAGCCAUCAGCGCCAUUGAACAGGCUGGGUAGUCAUGGGACUGGAGAUAUACAGAGAGUCCCUCACCAUAUCAGCAUCACAGACAACCUGAAACUGCCGCCCAGGGUGCUAACUCGGUCCCUGGAUGUGCCCUUAAGGAAGCCAUUUCUCUGUGGACACGCAGCAAGGCCCAGAUCAGGGAGGGCUCGUGCUAAGGAAUAUCCCCCGGGUCCUGUUCUCUCUCUGGGGGUGUUCAGCCUACAUAAUUCAGACAGGGGCCCCACGUUGUUGGUUCCCACUCCAGUUGUCCCACAGGCCAGUUUCCGAUACCAAUCCUUCUCCCGACACCAACAUAAAAUGUUAAGAGUCACCUGUGUUGGGCGGAGCGUGCAUAAAUUAUGAUGGUGUUCAGAGGGGACAACUUGUUUAAAAGAAUUUUGCACAUAUAUAACCACUGUACCUCACAAUAAAGUAUCAUG